AUACUGAAACUUUCUCUUAUCCACAGGAAAGACAGCUUCAUCACGCACAGAGCCUUCUGUGAUGCUCUAGCCGAAGAGAACACCAAGGCCAAGAAUGGCGUGAUGCCCACCAUGAGCCCCAACCUCCAAGCUCAACCCCCUGAGCUCAUGAUGCCCAUUGGCACCAGCAUUGGCAGCUUGCCCGUUGGAGUCUCCGACUUCGAUAACCAUGACAUCAAGAACCCCCUCAAGGGCUUCGCCUACGACCUCAUGCCCACUUCACUGCGUUCCCAUACCAUGGCUGGAACCAUGCUCUCGUCACCCACUGCCGCCACCCUCUUCAGCUCCGGGACCUUCCCCUCAGGCUACAACGGGCUCAGUGACGACGCCAAGACAGGCCGGCCGGCCAUUGCGUCGGCCCACAUGUCGGCGACCGCAUUGCUCCAGAAGGCGGCACAGGUGGGUGCGACGGCCGCCGGCGGCAGCGCUGGUGCCACGCAGAGGGGCUUCGUCUCGGGGAUGGCCGGGCCCGAUCGACACUGGGUGCAAGCACACGAGAUGGGAGUCAAUGGAGGAGCGUUUGCAAAUCAAUUCUUCGACAUUGGAAUGGGCGGAGGCUCGGCGGUGAGUGAUGCAGCUGGGGUGUUGCCAUCGAAUGCUGGAGUGUUUGUAGGUGGCGGUGGUCACGGCCAUGGGCUUUUGAAGGCUUUAGAGCAUGCAAGUGGUGGUGGUGGUAGUUUGAUGCAGGGAGGGAGUGGGAGGUCAGGGGUGAGAUAUGGAGGCGGGGGAACUGGGGAUGUGACGACUUUGGAUUUCUUGGGGGUCAGCGGAGCGAGGUCGGUGGCGGCGAUGGGAUUACAUGAGCAGCAGCAGCAGCAGCAGCACCAAGGGAUGGAGUUUGGAGGAGUUGGUCGGAAGAGGUUGCUGGGGCUGCACCCAUUUCAGCAGCAGCAGCAGCUGAGCAAUGGGCAAGGAGCUUCUAUGGAGAAAGUCGUGUGGGACGUUUUGAGUGGAUAAAUAAUGUUGAGAAGGAUCCUAGCUACUCUCUCUCUCUCUCUCACUCUGUGUGUGUGUGUGUGUAGGUGGGUGGAAUUGGCAGGAACAUUUUGCAUUAGAAUCCAAGUUCCAAUAUAAAAGGCUCCAAAGCAAGCUUGGCUCUUGAA